AUGGAAAUGGUUAAGCAAAAAGCAUCGACGGUUGUGGUUGGGGUGUUGAUGUGGGUAAUUAUAAAAGCAGUGUGUGGUAGUGGCGCGAGCAUAGAGUGCUCAACUGUGACAUCGCUGGUCUCAACUUGCUCUACUUUCAUCGCCGACGGUUCACCGGACCCACUUCCCGGAACACCGUGCUGCGAUGCGAUGGUGAGCCUGAACGCUAUUGGUGAUCAAAGAUUUGUUUGCAGAUGCAUGAUGGGCCUCAUUUCCACCAACGGUCCCAAUGCCACUGCCAUUGCUACCUUGCCGGGCUUUUGCGGGGUCUCUCUCGGCUUCAUCAUUGAUCCCAAUACUGAUUGCAGCCUCAUAUUUUGAAGGAAGAAUAAAGACCAAAUAAG